GUAGUGCCGGCCAAAUAAAUGUAUUUUCUUUAAGUGUCGAAUUUUUGGUCAGUUUUUAAAAGGGGCUUAUGAUGUGUUUUAUUAAUUUCAGUCAUUUUAAAAUAAUAUUCCUUAGAUGAAUUGCAGCUUUGUUGACCUAUUAGAAAUGUUUUGUAUGAAUUAGAUUAUAAUUUGGCCUAGCCCUAAUGCCUGUUACUAUUAGUAUUAGCCCUACUAAUAUAUACCUUGGGCUUGGCUUGGUGACUUGGUGCUAAAAUACUAGUCUAAGUCUAAGUAAUACCACCAUGGUUUUGGAGAUGAAACAUAGGGACCUGGGCGACAGGGGAAGUGAGUUCACAUUCGUACACCCACCAUUGAAAAAUCGUUUCCUUUUCGUCUUGCUGCUUAUAAUUACAAUGCUUUUGGCAUUUUUAUCUGGACUUCAUUUGUUGGUAAGAAUCAAUUCUAUACAUUUUAAUUUUAAUGUUAAAAAAGCUAACUACUCACUGCUAGGGUCGCCUUCUCCCACUCCUCGCCUCUGGUUAGUUGGCCAUGGUCAUGGAUCCAGGGUGUAUACCGAAGGACCUUGUGCCUAAUGUGGUAAUUUACGGGGACGACUGCCACUAUUUUAUCGAAUUUCACGAAUGAAUGUAUCCCUAAAUCGAUCCCUAUGCCUAACCUGAACCCUAAAUCGAUCCCUAUGCCUAACCCGAACCCUAAAUCGAUCCAUAUGCCUAACCUGAACCCUAAAUCGAUCCCUAUGCCUUACCUGAACCCUAAAUCGAUCCCUCAACCUAACCUAAACCCUAUUCACUGCAUCUAUAAUAAACACCGUCCUCAGAUUUAGCCCCUAAUGUCUUUGUAAUGAAAAUCAGUAUCAGCAGAGGGGCAAAGAUAUUUUGGACAGCAGUGACUGCAGUGUAGAUGAAACAUGAAGGCAGCCUACAUCGAAAUAAGCCAGAGUGAGAGUCAUCACCAAAGACUGGCUGAGAUUGUUCUGACUGGCAAACUGCUGUGAAAAUGGGAAUCCAACAGGGAGAGUGGGUUUUCAAUUAAUUUGCUGCUGGAGUAAACUAAGCCAAAUGCAGAAACGAAAUCACAAUUUUCAAUUAUUUUAAUUGCCCCAUUAUUUAAAAGAAAAAAUAUCAGUCAAUAUAAGUAGAAAAAGAACUAAGACAAGAGUCUAGAGAAUUAUCAUCCUUUUUUUAAUAUUAAAUAAUAAAAUAAAUUGUAACUUUAACAAUUUUCUUCAUUUUAAAAAUUAUUUUAGACUAUUUGGUAUCAUUAAUUUUAGAGCUAUUUUAAAUUUAUAGAAAAAUACCAUAAUAUAAUAUACCUUUUGCAAAAAAAAUAAAAUAAAUAUAAUUUGUUAAGAGUUGAGUACCAUUAUUUAUGUCUUUUUUAUUUAUUUUGGGUGUAAGUGUAAGGGAAUUGAAUUUCUAAUUGUAUGGUCAAAGGCAGUGCUGUGCUAAUAAGUUAUUAUUUUUUCACAAAGCCCAGGGCAGCACAUGAUAAUGAUAUCUCAAGAAGAAAGAUUUUUUUUAAAGACUUCCUUUCUACUUGCAAAUCCAUGGGGUUUGUAGCAUAAUUUUGUGUUGUCACAUGUGACACUCUCUUAUGGUCAAUGCAGUCUUCCUCAUGCUGACCUGUAAGGCCACAUCUGAGAUAAUGACAAAGAGUGAAUGUUACAGCUCUUGUAUGUUGGUUUGUUGAGGGGGGGAGGGGGGAUGUGGUUGGAGAGGUAAGUGGUGCAGAAAUAAGAAAAGAAGAUUAAAAAAAACAACCCUACCACUUUGCUUAUAAUAACCAUCAGUCCUAGCUGUAGGAUUUUGGCAUAGGAUAGGGAAAAGUUUUUGGGCAGGAAAUUUUGGCAAUUAGACUUUGAACAACGAAUGGUUUGGACCAGGGUUAUAGAAAGCUGCAGAUGUUAAUAAUUGUAAUUGUACUUUUGGUGAUAAUUUUAAGAUUAAAUUUUUAAUACUAACAAGUAGAUAAUAAAAAUAUAUAAAAUUUAGAGAAGAAAAAAUAUUUUCUAUCAAAAUACAAGUUUAAGCACACCAAAUAGUUGAAAAUAAUUGUUUAAUUCUUAAAAUGCAUUACUCAUAGAAAGUCUGCAGAAUAUAUUUUCAAAAAUGAUAGAAAUAAAACAUAUUUAAGUUUCUUUGCAUAGUGUGCUCUACGUCUACACUUUUGCACUGUCUUUCUUUACAUAAUGCAUUUAUUAAGAAAUUAAAAAUUUUUUGUUCUACUUUUUAGUGCCUUUAAAAAAUCAUCUUUGAUAAAAAGUCUUUUUUAACAAGUUUAAAAAAAAAAAUCGAUUGAUUAUUCACAAUUAUUAAUAUUUCUUAUCUUUUGCAAAAUUUAUCAGCUUAUUAUAAGUAUUUAAAUGAAGUGAAUAAAAACAUCUGUCAUGCUAUGUUUUAGUUUCGCUUGCUGAAUUUUUUCUAUAGCCUCUUCCACAUUAGAUUUUUUAAAUGUCAAAGAGAAAGUUUUGCAUUUUUUACAAUAGUUGAUGUUGGUCAUUACUGAGAAUCCAGCUUCACUGACGUAGGUGCUUCCAAAAAUAUGGUCUAAAUUUUGUUACAACAUUAAGUUGUGAAAAUUCAUCAGAAGAAACUUAUCUCUUCCAGAAUUCAUUUGGCCACAUUCUUAUGUUUCUUUGUAAAAAAAAUAAUUUCAAGAAUCGUUCCUACUGUUUCUCACAUUUCUCCCUGACUGAAUUGCACUUACUACAAAAAAACAAAAACAAAGCUUGUAUCCAGCUUUCUACUCUUAAAACGCCUCAUACUUGGAUCUAUGAAUACCAGAUACUUGUCCCCAAUUUCACAACAAUACUAGAUGGACACAUGCUCUCACAUACCUGACUAGACUACCUGUUUAAACAACAUGGUAUCAUAAUUGAUUCACACUGCCAAACCGUAUUCAUCUGUGACACCUUUAGUACCCCAUCACCCGUUUCGAUUACUCUGACCCAAAGACUUGCCUUUCAUAUAUUAUCAUCAUACAAGGCACAGUCGUUAACUGACAAUGCUCACCUCUCUGUUUCAUCCAACUUUGAUGGUUUGGACACCACUUGUCAAAGGUGUUUUUUUUUCUCCACUUCAUAACACACCUUAACAAUCUUUUGAAUUAACAUAUUUCUUUAUUUAUGGUCACAGGACAAAGGUCUUCUUGCAACUUUGUGCCUAGUUUUAGGUGUUACCCUAAUGGUGAAGCUGUAUUUGAAAAUUCACUCAGGUAGGAGGGUUCUUCCUUUCUAUUAUUAAUAUUGACAGUUAAAAGCAUAUUAUUGAAUUAUAAAAGGUGUCAAAAACUGUUACAAAAUAUUCAGAUAGAAAAUUUAACAAAAGUAUGACUUAUGUAGGCACUAUAUUUAUGUGAAUUUCUAAUGAAAAACGUUCUUCUUUUGUUUUGACAGAAAAUCUUCUCAUUCUGCCAUCUCUUGGUCUUCAGUUGGAAACACAAUAUUAUCUCGGCCACAAACACACACACUUUAUUCAUCUGACACAUAUAAAAGAUGUUAUUAUCAAUGAAGCUGUUACAAUGGUAAAUUAAAUAUCUGACGCAUAUAAAAGAUGUUAUUGUCAAUGCAGCUGUUGCAAUGGUAAAUUAAAUAUCUGACGCAUAUAAAAGAUGUUAUUGUCAAUGCAACUGUUACAAUGGUAAAUUAAAUAUCUGACGCAUAUAAAAGAUGUUAUUGUCAAUGCAGCUGUUGCAAUGGUAAAUUAAAUAUCUGACGCAUAUAAAAGAUGUUAUUGUCAAUGCAGCUGUUGCAAUGGUAAAUUAAAUAUCUGACGCAUAUAAAAGAUGCUAUUGUCAAUGCAGCUGUUGCAAUGGUAAAUUAAAUAUCUGACGCAUAUAAAAGAUGUUAUUGUUAAUGCAACUGUUGCAAUGGUAAAUUAAAUAUCUGACGCAUAUAAAAGAUGUUAUUGUCAAUGCAGCUGUUGCAAUGGUAAAUUAAAUAUCUGACGCAUAUAAAAGAUGUUAUUGUCAAUGCAGCUGUUGCAAUGGUAAAGUAAAUCUUUUUGAAGAUCUUUCAAGAAAUGAACACCAAACUGUAAAAUAUAACCACACUGUUUAUGUUAAGCAUUCGUUUCACUGAUUUUUGCUCACUUUGUAAUCAAAUAAAAACAAGGAUUUCCGAUAUCUUUCCUUGGCAGCAUUCCAUCAUGCACUAUUUACUAGUGUUGUUGAAAGGCAAACAGAGUGAUCAAGUUAAGGCACUGCAACCUGUGUUUUCCGUGAGUUCUUUCUUUUACGAAGCAUGCAAUGCAACAAAUCAUUUUUACAGUUAUCUUGGAAAAGUUAAUGAAACUAAACUAAACUAAAACAAACUAAUCUCUUAAAUAUUUAAACACUAACAGGUUAAAAGCGCAAGCUGAAGGUCAACUUAAAAGCCUUUUCUUUUUUCAGUUGAUUAAUUCUGAUUUUUCACCCCUCGUUUCCAGCACUCGUGGCCUUCCCUUGCUCAUCUUAAGCUCGUGUAUAAAGCUGCUCAAGAGAAACUCAUCAAAUCACAUAGGAGGUAACAAUGGAAGACAUCACGGAGAUCUGAGCAUCUCAUUCUUUUCAUUUUUAAUUAUUUCUUUAUACCAUGUAUGAAAUAUUUAUCAGAUGCCUUAUGAAAUAAUCACCAUGAGAAAUAUAAUAUUUACUAUAGUAUAAUAAGGAUGUAUGAUCAGGAAGAACCAUAAUUUAAUCCGGAAUAACCCUAGAAUUUUACAUGGCUAAAAUAACCAGAGAUACACUGUUAUUUUAAAUAUCAUAUCACCUCAUGAGAAACUUCAAAUAUCCAUAUCUCUAUAAUGAAAUGACAUUGUGAGCAGGAAAUGGCUUACCUAGAGAUUUGCUGCAGAAAUUUUUGUUCAAACAGAAAUUAUCACCAUCUUCCCAGCCCAAACCAUACAAAGCCCCCAGACUUUCUGUCAGCCUCUCAGACUUUCUGUGAGCCUCUCAGACUUUCCGUCAGCCUCUCAGACUUUCCGUCAGCCUCUCAGACUAUGUGGCCUCUACCAGUUCGAUGAAGACUGUUAAAACAUAGGGCUGUUGAAAUGAUGGACUUCUCCCACUCCAGAUCUUAUCCUGAAACUACUCUUGUCUGAGCAACGAAUCAUCUCAGCACUAUCGCACAGAAUGAUGCUAUCAAGCAUUGUCCAAACAAAAUGAAUAUCAAACCAAACUCAUUCUAAUCCACCACACCUUAUUUCACACAGCUUGAACGCAGUUCUUCAUUUAUUGCCCUUGGCGAACUGUUCGCAACCCACCAAUUUUGUAACUUUACACCAGAGAUGGGCAAACUCUCUGACUAUUAGGCCAUUUCAGCGGUCAAGAAGCCAGACUAGGCCAGAAGAAACAAAGAGUUUUAUUAAAAAAUUUUGGUAUGCUGUAUGUCAAACAUGAUGUAGCAUGUUCACAGAGACAGGUACAAUAUCAGCUUAAUUAAUGAUGAGUUCAGAAACUCCUGAUCCCCUGUGUAGUCUCUGUACAUUGGCACAUGCUUUGUAUCGAAUCGGCUGUGUAGUCUCUGUACAUUGGCACGUGCUUUGCAUCGAAUGGCCCCUUGAGAUUUGACUGCUUCAAAGUGCUGUUGAUACACUAAACACAGGGCCAUGUUGCCGUGUUUGAUGAAGAAUAAUUCGUCCGUCCAUUUGGGGUUGAAGCAUGAAGAUGCCCCGUUGGAUGUCAACCUUCUGGAGACGUGUAGCUGGGCACUGCUUCUUCUCUUUAGGGAUACUGAUUGUGGUUGCUGUGGAAGAACUGAUAUUGAUUGUGGUUGCUGUGGAGGAAUUGAUACUGAUUGUGGUGGAUACUGGGGAGGAACUCGAUGUCAAUAAUACAUUCAUGAAAAUAAAUUGUAGAGUUUUUUAACUGGCUCUCAUUCUUCAUUUUUGGAAUUGCUUGGCAUGGCAUAGUGCAUACACCUGUGCACAACAUACACCUUGACACAUUCAUCAUCCCUCCCCUGACAGGUUCUUCUGUUUCAUACAAGCUCCUGAGUCAGUUCUAAAAAUAAACAGCCACCACAGCUUGAGUUGCCAGCUGGGAUAACGAAGGGGAAGAAAGCGAUGACAAUUCAAUUAGGCCGGAUCAAAUAUAAAAAAAAAACAACACAAAGUUGGCGUUAGGUCGGUCUGGAAUACUAGAUAGGCCGUACCUGGCCAAGAAACCAAUAAUGCUAUUGGUUACGUGACCUGGCGUAAAGGCAAUCAUCUACACCCUGAGGUCGGCUUGAGGUUAAAGUUAAUGUACAUGUGUAUUCCUCCAACAGAAUAAGAAGUUGAGAUGAGUGGCCCAGCUGGAGUUUGUGCUGCCUGUGGGCGGUCCUUACCAGUGAAAACCUGGGGGAAGUCCGGUCGACUGAAAACACUGCCUUUAAAGCGAUAGCGGUCCACUCUCCUUUGGUCUGAACGGCUUUGGCUCCUCUCGGGGGGAAAGGUUUGCGUUACCUCCCCCCACCGUCCGGUCGGGACAAAAUGGUCGCUUAGGAGCGGCUUUCUCAUGGCAGCAAAGCCAAAAUCAUCAGUGUGGGUUUUGACCGCCAGCCAGACCUCAUAUCCAGACCUCACAUCCAGACCUCCUAUCCAGACAUAUCCAGACCUCAUAUCCAUUAACGGCAACAAGUAAUGAUGUUAUUGCGUUCCUCCUGUUGCGUUGGAAGUCAUGCAAGUGGCCGGGGUUUUUUAGCUUCGGGAGGACAGAGCCUCCCCACUAGUGGGCCACGCCACGAAGAGGCAAAACCCCAUGUGACACCUCCAAGUUUCCUCGAAAACGCUCCACUUCCGCGGACAGAAUAUAUGUUAUCAAAUAAUUCUAUUUAAUUUCAACUUUGUUUCAUUUCAAGCUGCAAGUUUGUUACAAAGCGUUAUGCAUCAUUUAAAAUUGAACUAAUCAAAACUCUGGACCAGUACUUGAACUAGCUGAAUGCCUUUCAUUACUUGUAAUUGUAAUCAAGUCAGCCAAUUUAAAUUUCUUCACUUUUUAAACUAUUUUUUUCCCAACAUCCUGAAAAUUUUUUUUUGUGGACAGUUUGAAUGUGGGCCUGCUAAUUACAACACCAGAUGCCAGUGAAAGCUUUCAGUUUCACUCAGG